ACUGUGUUACUUCUUUAUCUAUAUUUAUGUCUCUUCUGUUUGUUCACUACCAUGUUAUGAGCUCAAGACAACCGUACUCUUUUCCAUUCCUACGAGACAACAUAGAUAAAUACCUGCACAUAAAAAAAGGCAUUUCCUUUUCAUUUCAUCAUUUGGUCAUCAUGACUUUCCAUCAUCCCAUGAACUUUGUUUAUAUGAUGAUAGACAACGGACAUGUUUCGUGUCUUUGCAAAUGUGGUCCCAGAUUGGGUCUUCGCUAGGCGUAGAAAAAAUGAAUAUUUUUGUUCAGCUGGGAGAGAUUUUGGUUAUGGGGUCUCUUAAUUUAGACCAGUGAGAUGCUCUGGAGAUAUUAAAGAGAGUUUUUGGUUAGUUUGCGAGAUUUUAUUUAUUGAUUUAUUCCUUUUUUGGUUUGGGUUAACUGGGUUUAUCAAGUUUUCUUGAUGUAACGUUUAUGUAUAGAUAGAGAGAAAAUUCCCAGUAGUUGAAUUCUUUUAUAAGUUCCUUUGGCUAGAAAGUUGAAUCGGCACUUCUGAGUUACAGAUUAUCGUGAUUCUCUUCAGAAGUGAAAGAAAGAGUCUUUUAAAGGUUCAACCAUCCUUCAUCUAUCAGCAUGGCUGUGGUGAGUCCUAUGCCUGCAACUGCACCACAGAUCAACCGUACGAGCAAGCUUCGUGAUGUUGGGGUUCCUGGAAUCAUGACUAGUAGGAGUGAAAUUGUGAGUGAGCCCAGUCCAAGUAUGGUUGAUGAUACACUCUAUGUUGCUGUGGCAAAAGAUGUGAAAGACAGCAAAUUAAAUCUCAUAUGGGCAAUACAAAAUUCUGGAGGAAGGAGAAUCUGCAUCCUUCAUGUUCACGUGCCAUCACCUACGAUCCCUAUGAUGGGUGCUAAAUUUCCUGCAAGUGCACUGAGAGAACAGGAAGUUCAAGAUUAUCAUGAAAGGGAAAGGCAAAAAGUUCCGAAGACUAUGGAUCCCUAUCUUUAUAUCUGUCAAAGAAUGGGGGUGAGGGCAGGGAAAGUACUCAUUGAAAUGGAUUGUGUAGAAAAAGGGAUUGUAGAGCUCAUCCACCAGUAUGGCAUACAGAGGCUUGUAAUGGGAGCAGCAUCUGAUAAGAACUAUUCUAGGAGAAUGAUAUCCCUCAAAUCUAAGAAAGCUAUAUAUGUAUCUGAACAAGCUCCAGCUUCUUGUCAUAUGCAGUUUGUCUGCAACGGGUACCUCAUACACACAAGGGAUUGCAGAUUGGAUAGAGGGAAUGUAGAGGUUGGAUCUCCUGUGCUGCAAAUAGCAAACUCUGAAGUUGGGCAUUCACCAAACAUGGGAUCCCCAUCCUCAGUGGAAGGGCAAAAUCGUUGGAGAAAACCAAUUAAUACCGGACAAGAGUUAUUUCGUAGAGUUAGGACUAUCAAUGGUGCACUUCGGAAGAGCAUUGGAUCUGUUUCUUCUUUAGAAGGGUACUUAACUCCUCAGAGAAAGUUCAGUAAAGAAGCAAGUUGUGAUGAGUUUGAUGAGCAGUCACGAGGGAGUCCUUCAGUAUUCUCAAUGUGCUUUGAGAGCUGUUUGGGUGAAGCACAAUUGAUCCCAGAUUUGAUUAACAAUGGCAGUGAGAAUGUAUUAGGCUUGUCAUUGAAUGACUUUUCUCUGGAUAACAAGGAUCUUCAUUCACCAUCUCCAAGUGUAUUGGAUGAAGGAAUGGAUGAUGCUCUCUAUGGUCAACUUGAACAGGCAAUGGCUGAGGCUUGGAAUGCUAGGAAAGAUGCACAUCAAGAAACUGUUAGGCGCGUGAAAGCAGAAAAAGAAGCCAAGGAUGCUAUACGCAAGGCUAAAGCCACUGAAAACCUGUAUCAAGAAGAGCUAAAACUAAGAAAAGAACAAGAGGAAGAAGUACAGAAAGCAAAUGAAGAAGUUGAUAAUAUGAAGAGCCAGAUAAACAAAGUUAACGAGGAACUCCAACUUGCCUUAGAUCAGAAAUUAUCUCUAGAGAAUCAAAUUGCAUCUACUGAACUUAUUGUGAAGGAGUUGGAGCAGAAGAAUAUAUCUGCUGAUGAGUUGUCUCAAAAGUACAAGGAUGAACUAGAUGAGUUGCAAAUGCAACUUGAUAAUGCAUUGGGAGAGGCUGAGGAGUUAAAGAGAAAACAAGGGGAAUCCUCAAGCAUGCACGGGCUUCAACCCUUCUCAGAAUUCUCCUUUUCAGAGAUUAAAGAAGCAACAAGAAACUUCAAUCCAUCCCUUAAGAUUGGACAAGGUGGAUAUGGAAGUAUAUUUAAAGGUAUCUUACGUCACACUGAGGUGGCUAUAAAAAUGUUGAGUCCUGACAGUGCCCAAGGUCCAAUGGAGUUUCAACAAGAGGUUGAAAUAUUGAGCAGGUUGAGGCACCCGAAUCUUGUGACACUCAUAGGAUCCUGCCCAGAAUCCUGGACUCUUGUGUAUGAGUAUUUACCCAAUGGAAGCCUUGAAGAUCGUCUCAACUGUAAAGAUAACACACCUCCAUUAUCAUGGCAAACUCGAAUUCGCAUAGCUGCAGAACUCUGCUCGGCUCUCAUCUUUCUUCAAUCAAGUAAACCUCACAGCAUAGCACAUGGUGACUUAAAGCCAGGCAACAUUCUCCUGGAUGCAAACCUUGUAACCAAGCUCAGCGACUUUGGAAUCUGUCGUAUAUUAUCUUGUCAAGAGGGUUCAAGUAGCAGCACUACAGAGUUUUGGAGGACUGUUCCAAAGGGAACUUUUGUGUAUGUGGAUCCUGAAUUCCUUAUUUCUGGUGAACUCACACCAAAGUCAGAUGUUUACUCGUUUGGAGUCAUUUUAUUGAGAUUGAUCACUGGGAAACCUGCUCUGGGAAUAACAAAGGAAGUGCAAUAUGCAUUACAUAGUAGAAAGUUGAAAUCCAUCCUGGAUCCAUUGGCUGGAGAUUGGCCAGUUAUGCUAGCUGAAGAGCUGGUUCGCUUGGCUUUGAGGUGUUGUGAGAUGAGUAGAAAGAACAGACCAGAUCUUCAUCCAGAUGUUUGGAGAAUACUGGAACCAAUGAGGGCUUCUUGUGGACCGACUCAACUGGGUUCUCAAGGAAAAUGCCAACCUCCUCCAUAUUUUAUCUGUCCAAUCUCUCUGGAAGUGAUGCAAGAUCCACAAGUGGCUGCAGAUGGUUUUACUUAUGAAGCUGCAGCUAUACGUGAAUGGCUGCAAAGUGGUCGUCACACUUCACCAAGGACAAAAUCUAAGUUAGCACAUCACAACCUUAUUCCCAACCACUCUCUUCGCCAUGCAAUCCAGGACUGGCUUCAAACUCACUGAUCUGCAAGCUUCUCAUUUUUCUCUUUGCUUCUUCAAACUCACUCUCUUUACACAUUUUUAAAGUAUGUAAACAACAUUUUUAUAGCCUACAUGUUGUAUAGGUUGUGCACAUUUUGAGUUCUUGUAAAAAGGUUACGUAUGUAUGUAUGGUUAAAGAGAUGCUAUUUGUUAUCUUUUGGCAAUGAGCAAUGCUAUUUAUUAAUCUUAACCAUCCCAA